CUGUUUUCAUUCGUUUGUUUAUUAUUCAAUCUAUCAACGGAGAGUGUGAUUAAAGUUAAAUUAAAGCGAUUAAAAAUUACAGAAUUUAUUUAUUUACCAAACAUGGCAUCAAUCUGUAGAUUGUGUUUGAAUGAUGGAGCUAAUCUGGAGGAGAUCGUCAUAGCAAAAGUGUCUGAAACUGAUGAAUCUCCAGAGGGACCAGAUCUGAAUCAGCUCAUAAUUUGGUAUCUCUCGAUAGAAACGAUGCCCUCGGGAAACACCAACCUCGCCCUGAUUUGCUCAACCUGCAAAACGAUGAUCGAGCAGUGGCACGCGUUCCGGGAAUGCUGCCUCCGGAACGACGUUAUCUACCACCAGCGGAUCAACCCUGAGGAGAACGGCCACAAUCAGAACCCUGCCGUUGCCAUCGCCGAGGAGCUGGUGAAGGUUGAGAUGGGCAAUUUCUCCCGAAAACGAGGCAGACCGAGAAAAGUCCAGCCGGACGGAAAUGAGGAGGGGAAACCGUCAUCGGGCAAGAAGAAGGUGCUGGAAAAAGGUGACGAAGACGCACAGCAACAGCCGAAGGAACCUAAGCCGAGGUGUUGUCCUACGUGUGGCAAGCUCGUGAGGAACUUGGUCGUUCACCUGCGGAUGCACACCGAUGAGAGACCCUACCCAUGCCCGCACUGUCCAAAACGGUUCCACACCGUAACGAACCAGCUGGCCCAUAUCAACACCCACACGAAGGCACGCGUGUUUGGCUGCAGUAUUUGCUCGAAAACUUUUACCACGCAGGAGACUCUGCGUCAGCACCUGGCGAUCCACUCCAAGGAGCGCGCGUAUCGCUGUGAUGUGUGUUCCAAAACAUACCUCCAGCGUCCAGCGCUGGACAAGCACCGUCGUUCGCACUUUGAAACGCCCAAGGUGCCGUGUCCCGGGUGCGACAAGAUGUUCCUCGCGCAGUCCGACAUGCGAAAGCAUUACGUUACGCACAUGGAAGUUAAGCCGCAUAUCUGCGAGAUUUGUAAUCGUGGAUUUACCCGAAAGUACUACCUGACCAAUCACAUGGAUUCUCAUCACGGGGUGAAGCCAAACGCUCCGGACGGCGGAGGGCCACCGCAGGAAGCAGCGAUUCCACCGGCGAACAAUGAUUUUAAGAUUGAAUCGUUUAGUUAUACCUAUCCUCAAAUAUAGAAAAACGAACAAACCUUCGGUUGUUUCUUU